GAGAGAAGCAAGGACGAUUGGAGAAAGGUUGAAAGGAAGAAACGCCGUUUUGUAUCGACGGAAAUCACUCGUGGGUUUACUGAGCAAGCAUACCUAAAUCGAGUACGGUAUUUUAAAAGGUCAAAGGCUUAACAUCACAUUUAUUCAGAAACAAAGAAAAUAUGGAAGUAAUUUUAAAUCCUAAAGAAUCUGCCAAGUUUAUAGCAGAAAACAGCAAAGAUGUGUAUAUUGAAGAUGGUGGUGUGCAAAAGGUUGCAGAGAUGUUGUUCCAUAAAGUCACAGAGAAGGAAUUCAGUGUGGCUGGCUGGAAGUCUUCUCAUGAGUUAAACCCUCAAGAAGCAAGUGAAGAUGCAGUGAACUGGGUAUUUGUUGCUGAUGUGCUCAAUUUUUCCUUUUGGUCUGAACAUGAAGACCAUAAAUGCUUGGUAAAAUACAAAGGCAAGACUUACAGUGGCUAUUGGUCUCUUUGUGCUGCCAUCAACAGAGCACUAGACGAAGGAACACCCAUUACUAGUGCUUCUUAUUAUGCCACUAUGACCUUGGAUCAGGUGAAGCAUGCAUUUCGUUCUGAUACAGAGGUGCCUAUGCCUUUAAUUGAGGAGAGACAUCGUGUACUAAACCAAGCUGGAACAAUUCUGCUGGAGAAAUUUGGGGGCUCCUACCUCACGUGUGUUAAAGAAAGUGGAAAAAGUGCCCAAAAAUUAUUACAGAUAAUAGUGGAAAAUUUCCCAUCUUUUAGAGAUGAAGCUACAUUUCAGAGUAGAAAGGUAGCUUUUUACAAACGGGCACAGAUCCUUGUGGCUGACACCUGGAGUGUGUUGGACGGGAAAGGAGAUGGCUGCUUCAAUGAUAUUUCCAAAAUCUCUAUAUUUGCUGAUUACAGGAUACCACAAGUUCUUGUUCAUUUAGGAGCAAUGAGAUAUUCAGAAGAAUUAAUGAACAAACUUAAGAAAGGGCAUAUGUUCCAGUUUGGAGAUAAUCAGGAAGUGGAGAUUCGAGGUUGUAGUAUUUGGUGUUGUGAGCUCAUUUGCAGCAGUUUGCUUGAACUUUAUAAAAAGAAAGGUGACAACAUGAGUGAAAAGAUCAAUGCCAUUCUCCUUGAUUAUUAUUUAUGGGACUAUGCUCGGGAUCAUCGAGAAGAUAUGAAAAGAGUACCUUUUCACUAUGUACGUUCCAUAUACUAUUAAUACCAUUUAUAAAUGAUAUAAAGCAUCAAAAUCUUCAAAACUUCUAUAUAUAAUUUGGAUUUUUUUUUAAAAAAAAAAGGCAUUGAUGCCCAUGCAUUCUCUUAAGAUUUCAAUCUUUAAUCUCAACUUUAUCAGAAGAAAGGCAUAUUCUUGCAUAUUGACAUUCCAAUUCUGUAAUGGGUUUGAUUAAAAUGCAUAAAAGUAAAAAAUCUGUAUUACAUAUAAAAUCAAAAGAUAUUUUACAAAUUAAUAUUAUUGUAAUCAAAUUACCUACUUGUGUACAUGUAUCUGAACAUGCAUUUGAGAAAAAACCAUUU